UUAACAACGACGCCUCGUGUUCUUAAUUCGUUCCAAGUUCUUUAUCAUAUUUUCCGGUGUUUGUUUCCUCCGAACGGCGUGAUUCCACUUCGUAUCCUGUAUAUAGUCUAAAAGGUUAUGGGCCCAGGUGGAAGUUCCGAGGAAAAGUUUAUUUAACGGUCGAUUUUUCGGUGUGACGAAAAUCGCGGUUUGGCUCAUUUGCAGCGGGUGCUCUCGCGGUGCAUUAGUGUGCGUGUAUUUUGCGAAACCGGAAAAAGUUUUUAACUGCAUUGUGUCGUGAUGGAAGUAUUGAGCAAAUUCUCAAAACUGAACAACCAAAAUUGGCAGUGAUGGAAGUUCAGAAUGGAAAUGCUCUUGAUUCGCGAGGACCUUUGCCUAGUGAAAACUACGACUAACGCGAUAGAUUUUUGGAACGCGCUUCGUGAUUAUCAUGAGAAAGUAACGGUUACUUCUCGAGUGAGUCUGCUGCGGAAGUUAUGUAACCUGAACCUUCUGGAAGGUGGUGACAUGGAGGCUCAUCUGUUCGAGGUUGAGGAGUUGUUUAGUCGGCUGGAAAAUGCUGAUUUGAAGCUGGAGCAACCAAUCAAAAUUGCGAUGAUGCUUCGCAGUUUGCCCGAUUCAUACGGUGGGCUCAUUACAGCGUUAGAGAGUCGCUCUGACGAAGAUCUAACAACGGAGCUUGUCAAAUCGAAACUCCUCGACGAACAUGAGAGGCAAAGGGAAUGAGGUUGUGGUUCCACACAAGAGCAUGUGAUGAAAAGUGAUUUUAAAAACAAUUUGCCGAGGCUCUUGGACUUGUAGCUAAUAGAGAGUCUUACGUUGAGGAGGAGUGUUAGACGAUACACGAUUCACCCCUCUAUUAUUAACCGUGUGAUGUAAGCUCGCGCACUACCUACCAGUGUGACUAUAUUGCUCCAAUCAUAAUU